AUGGCAUCCACAUAUACAAACAACAGUUGCAACCCAUUCUCUCCAAAACAUGUACCGUGUACGAUUGGCAAUUACAUCCAAUAUGCAGUCAACGCAACUGAAGCUAGACAUGUCCAAAAGUCUAUCCAUUUCGCCAAACGUCAUAAUAUCAGACUUGUCAUUCGAAACACGGGUCAUGAUCUCCUAGGAAAAUCAACUGGAGCUGGAGCACUUGGUAUCUGGAUGCACCAUAUAAAGAAUAUCUCCAUUGUGGACUACAACUCAUCAUACUAUACCGGAAAAGCCAUGAAAAUAGGAGCUGGCGUUCAAUCUUUCGAAGCCAGCUCCGCUGCUUCAAGAGCCGGUGUAGUGGUCGUUGGUGGCAAUUGCCCAACUGUUGGCCUGGCAGGCGGGUAUUCCCAAGGAGGUGGCCAUGGCCAGUUAGUAUCACAAUUUGGACUUGCUGCGGAUCAAGUUCUGGAAUGGGAGGCUGUUCUCGCCGAUGGAACACUGGUUGUUGCUUCUCCUUUUCAGAACUCUGACCUCUAUUGGGCCCUUUCAGGUGGAGGUGGAGGAACAUACGGUGUUGUCAUUUCAAUGACGAGCAAAGCCUAUCCGGAGUUACAGACUGUUUCCGGGAAUCUCUCUUUCUCGGAUACGGGUGAUGCAGGAGGCGCAAGUGUUUGGUGGUUGACCAAUAACUCCAUGUCAACAACUCCAACUACGAUCCCGCGUGGGACGGAAGCACUAUACAACUCUUUAUUCGAUCCUUUGAUCGGAUUUUUCAAAAAGAACGGCAUGCAGUAUACUUACUACGUCGAAGAAUUCCCAACAUUCCAUGACGCCUAUCAAAAGAUGAACCCACCAGAAAAUAUAACUGACGAACUCCUCGGCGGCCGUCUCAUUCCCCGAUCAGUGGUGCAGCAAAACCUCACCGAGGUCGUAUCAGCCUUCCGCGAAAUUGUUGAAAAGGAUACAGGUCUCGUAAUAUCAGGGGUUAUGGUCAAUUCCUCGCGCGUGGCUUACCCCAAUAAUAGUGUCAAUCCAGCGUGGCGAGAUGCUCUUAUGAGUGUCGUGAUGGGAGCGUCUUUCAAUUAUACGGACUGGGAUCGAAAUGUUGCUAGGCAGCAGACCAUUACUGACGUUCUCUUGCCGCCGUUGGAGAGGCUUACUCCUGGUGGCGGUGCUUAUUUGAAUGAAGCUGAUCCGAAUCAGAUAGACUGGCAGCAGGCUUUCUAUGGGGAUAAGUAUGCCAAAUUACUCAGGAUUAAGCGGAAGUAUGAUCCUCAUUCUAUCUUCUAUGCAUUUAAAGCUGUUGGGAGUGAGGCUUGGGUAGUUGCUGAGGGCGGGCGGUUAUGCAGAUCCAGAGAUUUGUGA